CAUACAACGAGCAUCAAGUCCUAAAGCUACUUCAUUCUUACAAAGCCUUCGAUUCUCACAUCAUCAGAUCUUAAUAAAACUCCCCUAUUCUUACCCAAUACAAUCAGCAAUGGCCAUUGUACAGAAGCUGAGACGUUCUCUGUCAAGCGAAAGAAGAUCAGCCGAGGUUCCAAAGGGGCACUUAGCCGUUUACGUUGGGGAGAGCAGCGAAAAGAGGCGGUUUGUUGUUCCGGUGUCUUAUUUGAAGAAUCCUAUAUUUCAAGAAUUACUGUCUCAAGCUGAGGAGGAAUUCGGGUUCCAUCAUCCUAUGGGAGGCCUCACCAUUCCAUGCACCGAGGAUUUAUUUGUCGAACUCACAUCCCUCUUGAGCAAGUCAUAGAAUACAAACAUUUCUAGAUAAAUAGGUAGAUAGAUUUUAGUAUUGUUUUCAGAGGCAUUUAUCCUUUCAAUUACUAAGGAUUUUUUUGCCCGGACAAGAAUUGUAUUUUUUUUACCAGAAAUUACACUCCACAAACACAUUGCAAGAAAGUUCUGUUGAGCAAUUUCAUGCGUAAAAACAUUACCUAAUUCUGCAUAUGCUAUGUAUAAUUCUAACGGAUACUUAUUUCUCAUCUCU